ACCUAAACAAAAUCAAUCCUAUUUCUUCACAUCAUCACUUCAUCUCCUUCUCUCAACCCGCGAGAGCCUCUAUCAACCAUUCCUAACCCUAAUUCUUUUAAUUCUCCAAAUAGGUAAUUACACACAUCAUGUUCCCAACACAUUCUUUUAUAUUUUCUUCUUGGUCUGACUCUACUUCAUGCGAAACCCCUAACUUUUAUGUGGAUUGCGGUUCAAAUUUAAAGGAGUUAGACUUUAGAGAAUGGAUUUUUGGUUGCGUUUCCGUGUAGUGGUUCAGGCGAGUUCGAUUGAAUCCUACCGAUUAUGGAUGGUGCCGCUUAACCGAGCAAAAAUAAGAGAGAAAGAAAUAAAGGCGCAAGAAGAGCGAGAUCCAACUAUCUCGCAAGCAAAGAGACGGAAACAAAUGAUUGCCUGCCUGCCCAAGCUAUUCAACAUGAUGCAUUUCUUGUUUCAAUCAAUAAAGCGAUCAGUUAUCACGAAAGACGAGCUUGUAAAUUGCAUAUAUUGGAAAACAUAAAAAUUCAUAUAUUGCUCAAUGAAGUAGCCCCUAGACCUCAUAACAGCGGUCAUCACACAAUUGAAUCUCGCUGUACCUCACAGUAUAAGUUUAGAAAAAUUUGAACAUUAAUUUAUGCUAUAUUGAAAGGUUUUGGCCAUUCUUUUCUAGUUGAAGGCAGGAAAAUGCAAGUUCCAUUCACACGAACCUCAUAGUGGUUAGUUCUCUUAAUCUUUUUCUAAAUUGAUCCUAGUUCUCAAACUUUCUUAUUAAUGAGUAGGAUUUAUGUGUAAAAGUUGUUAAUGAAGAUUUUUGUUUGUCUUCAAAAUUCAGUUGCGUGCCAAAAGGUUUAUGUUUUUGCAGCAUAGGUAAAAAAUUGUGUAAUCAAGCAAGAUAGAUCUACAAUGAUUGUUUUUUUCAUUGUUGAUAAAUAAUCCAUGUUAGUCUGCAAAAUUUGAUUGAGUACAGAAAACUCAAGGACGAAGAUAAAGAUAAUGAUGGCAAAACAGCUAACGACAUUGAAAAUUAAGUGUUCGUUAGUAAAGUGGCCGCCUCAAAUGAACGAUCCAAGUGGAAAUGAGAGCUGGCAAAUACGAGUAUAGUGUUACUACUGCAAAAAAUUUGGUGGAAACUUUGAAAUGUUUGCUGUCGCUUGUAGCCUUAGCGAGAACCUGGCAUAAUGAAGGUUUGGUGGAAUCAGUACUAAGUAAGGUUGCGGAAGAGUUCAAGCAAUGUAUUACAAGUCAAUAUGACCUGAUGAGAAUUGUCGGGAUGAAAGAAGAUGGACGUCUCCCUAUAUUAAAAGUUAGGCUUAAUUUAGUUUUUUUUCUUUUUAGAAAAUAUUUUAGAUGUUUGCAUACGAUCGGUUAUUUUAGUAUUAUUGAACAGUUAUUCAUUUAUAAUUUUAUGUAAUAUUUUAGUAUAAUUUUAUGUAAUAUUUGAAUUGAUUUA